AGUAGGAGCUUGGAAGAACUUGCUGUCACAUUUAUUUCCGAGACGAUAGAAGGCAUCAAACCGACGGUGCUCAAACCCGCGGUGCCCUUAAACACACUACAGCUGGAGAUGUCGCAAAAGCAGAAGAAGCUUGAACAGUACAUUACACGAAGCAAGGAGCUUAUUGCGGAGCUCAGCCAGGCGCAGACCAAGGAAGAGAAAGAAAUCAUCAUGUGCUCUGUUCGUGAGUGGAGUAGGUAUGUG